CGUAUAAAGUAAGCGCCAGCAUGUAGUGAUUGUUCGGCCGGCUGACGGAGAAUCACAAACAAUAGAGAAUCUGCAGCUGCCGGAAAUCCAAUCAACACACACAAAACGCUGGAAGAACUCAGCAGGCCAGCCAGCAUCUGUGGGGAAAAAAAAAGCACAAUCGACGUUUCGGACCGAGACGCGUCUUUUGAUGCUGUUGAGUUCCUCCAGCAUUUGGUGGGCGGGAAAUGAAACAUAACAAAAAGCGCCGGCGAGUCGUCAUCAUUCAGUGCGGGGAAUGACGUAUAAAGCGAGCGCCGGCAUGUGGUGAUGGUUCAGCGCGGCGGCGCCUUCUCUGGGGAAAUGCAGCAGUCUGGAUUUUACCCGCCGCCCGUUUUCAGUCCACCGUCUUCCGUCCUGCGGCCUCCGGUUUUCUCUUUGCAGCAGCAGUGCCCUCCUGUCUGGGAUGGGGGAGCUAUGGCGGGCCCGAGGUUCGGGCCGUCCUGGGGAGUCGGGGCCGGGGCCGGGGCCGGCUACCGUCACUCCUCCUGGUUGAACGCCGGCCGCGGCGGCCAGUUUCAGGAUAACCUCGGCCAGUUUUGCCAGAAGUGGCCAAGCCAGCAAGCUUCAGCCUACUGGGGCCUAGGAACCAACCAGUCUGACACCAGACAACACCAGAAAAAGAAGAAGAAGAAGGAGCCCCUAUACACACACUACUGCGAUACCUGUGACCGAGGAUUCAAACACCAGGAAAAAUACAGCGAGCAUGUGUCACAGCACAUCCAAUGCAAAGUUAAGGGUUGCAGUUUCAAUGCCCACGAGAAGCUGGUUCAGAUUCAUUGGAGAAAUGCACAUGGGCCAGGAGCAAGAAGAAUUAAACUGGACACUCCAGAGGAAAUUGCCAAGUGGCGAGAGGAGAGAAAGAGGAACUUUCCGACUUUGGCAAAUGUAGCAAGGAAGAGGAAAGCAAAUGAAGAAAAAGAAAAACGAGGGGAGGUGUUGCAAACACAGCAGUUUGGCAAAAUGAAGGGAGGAUGGAAAAGAUCUCAUAAUAGGAGCCAAAAAAAAACAUGUGGUAUGUUUAAAGACAGAAAUGGAAGUCACUUCAAUGGAACACACUUUAGUGAACAGGAAGGACAAAUUGCAAUGGAAGAGACUGGUUCCACACAAAAUGAUGGAACAAGCAGUAAAGAACCGGAGAACAAGGAACAAAAGACAUCUCAUGAAAAAGAUGUGGACCCCCUCGGUAUACUAGUACAGAAUGAUGCAGAGUCUGACAAGGACGAGAGCCAAGCUGAUGGUGAGCGAGCAGAAAUUGUCGUCGUGCCAAGCCAGAUAACGUCAGGCCUGAGCGCACUGAUGGCUAAUUACAGCAGCUCCUCGGACAGUGGGAGUGACCAGGAGCCAGAGGAAAUACCGCUCCAGAAAAGAGUCAAAGCUGUGGAAGAAAGCAACGUGUUACUGGGAUCUGUACCAAGGCGUACGGAUGACAAGGAAACGAAAGGACGUGGCAGCAGGGUUGUGGAUUCGGAGUUGUGCAGUUCUUUCAAACCCAAGGGCAAGAGUGGAGGAAGGGAUCAUGGUGUGCGAGAAAAGCGAUCUUGCCCACAGAAGUUAUCACGUCGGCCAACUCUGCUUGAAAUGUUACUGGCCAGAGACAUUCGCCAUGAAAGAAACGUAAUCCUACAGUGUAUUCGGUACAUCGCACAAAACAGGUUCUGGGGUCUUGAACCAAAAGUAAAUGAAGCAGGCGUGAGUCCAGAGUUGUCGAUAGCUUCACAUGAAGGGAUACCAUGUCCAAACGGAACUGUAGAAUGUAACACAGUGUCUGGACUUGAGGUACACACACCUGAGCAUGUGAUGCAUACUACUGAGAACUCUAAUGCUGAAGAGAUGGAUCAAGGCCCUUUAUCACCUGGAAGUUCAAAGUUGGUAUCUACAGCAAGGCUACCUGAGGGAAGCCUAGUUACAAUGCCUGCAGUAGAUGAUGAAAUUUGGGACACCCCUGAAACCACAUGUGAGGAAAGAUAAUCAAGAAAAAUGCAAACAUUGAACAUGGCAACAGCAAAGACUUUUGGUGACAGUAUGCUGAAGGUGCACAAUUGGUGGCAGAUCAGCAUCAUUUCUUUAAUGUUUUAAAUGGAGAGAACAAUUUAUUUGUAAUAAAUGGAACUGCUUAAAUUCUUGUUAUAAAUGUUUCCAGACAUUGAGCUCUUAUUUGCUGAGUUUUAAAACUACGGAGUACAAAUGCAAAGUGAGUAUUACAAGUAUUUACCGGUGAUUUAAGUUGCUACUUUUGUUCUUGAGUAGUUUACAUUUUGUGAGGACUCUUAUUUUUAAUUAUUCUCUUCCUUUCCUUUUAUAAUCAUUUCCAGUCCUCUAUUUCUGAUAACUGUUCUGCAAAGUGAUUUUGCAGCUCAGGAACUUGUGGCUGAUGUAGUUGUGACUUUUACGCAGCCCCACUGCAGAAUGAUCAGUUCAUUUUGAGUUUGGGCAAGGGGAAAGGAGCAGAGGCAGUUGAGGAUGUAUUAGGACAGUACUGUUUCACUUUGUAGAACUUUUCAAGGGUGUUGAAGGUAAAUGGGGAGCUGAACUCUUGCACCCACAUCUGUACACUUCAGCUAGUUACUUUUUGUUGAAAAACAGCAAGCUUUUUAAAAACUCCUUUCACUUCAUUUGUAAGACCUUGAGACAUGGGAGCAAGACUAGGCUAUUUCACCCAUCCUGAUCCACCAUUUUAUCAUGGCUGAUAUAUUAUCCCUCUCAACCCCAGUCUCUUGCUUUCUCUCUGUAGCAUUUUUUGCUCUUGCUAAUCAAAAUUCCAUUGACCUUCGCUUUAACUGUACCCAAUAACUUGGCCGCUACAACCACCUGCGUCAAUGAAUUCGACAGAUUCACCACCCUCUGGAUAAAGAAAUUCCUCCCAAUCUCUACGCUAAAGGGAUGUUCUUUCACUUGGAUACUGACCCCUCUUGUCCUAGACUUCCCCUGCUCUAGGGAAUAUCCUCUCCACGUCCACCCUGUCUAGGCCUUUCAAAAUUCAAAGUUAAAGUAAAUUUAUUAUCAAAGUCCAGGCAGUAGCCUGGCUGCCUCAGACUUGAACAGUACUGCAUUUGUCAACGUGGAGCAGAGAGCGAGUUUGUAAAUCUGGCGGGAGCAAAGGCUGUCAGGAAAGGCGAGGGGAGAGCGACGCAGGAGAGGGGUGGUACGGGUGCAGACGCACCCAGCCCUGAGACACCAGACAAGGUGGUUUGAUUCCAGACAAUUGGUUUAUUGAUCAUUGCUUCCUGCUCCCUCCCCUCUCCCUUCUCCUUUUCCCCAACCAUGAUUCCGCUCUCCCUGACCCCUUCCCACUCUCAGUCCAUAAUACAGACCCAUAACAGAAUCAGGUUUAUCAUCACUCGCAUAUGCCAUCAAAUUAGCUUCGUUUUCACAGUAGAAACCUCUAUGAAUGCCUUUGGAAAGGGCACAGAAGAGGUUUACCAGAAUGCUGCCUGGUUUAGCGAGCAUGUGCUAUCAUGAGAGACUGGAUAAACUUGGGAUGUUUUCUCUGGAGCACUGGAGGUUAAGGGGAGAUCUGAUAGAGGUUUACAAGAUUGAGAGGCAGAGUUAGUGUCGGCAGGGAGCAUCUGUUUCCCAGGUUAGAAAUGUCUAAUACCAGAGGGCAUGCAUUGAAGGAGUGAGGGGUAAGAGUGAUGGAUGGCUGGAAUAUGCUGUUUGGUGUGGUGGUAGAGGCAAAACCAUUAGACUUUUAAGAGGCAUUUAGAUAGGUACGUUAAUAUGAGGAAGUUGGAGGGAUAUGGACAAUGUGUAGGUAGGAGGGACUAGUUUUUGAUUUACUUUUUAGCUGGUUUGACACAACAUUGAGCCCAAAGGACCUGUUCCCGUGCUGUGCUGUUGCACCUCUGCUCAGCUCUCUAACUGCGGUCUUUGUUACUGUCACCAGCCGCCUGGCUGGUCUGCUGAUCUGAAAUACGAUCUCCUGUGUAACUCAAAUUGGACAAGAUUAACUCAGUGCCCAGGUAGUGGGGUU